AUGGCGUUUCUACCUCUAUCAGUUUCUCUGUCACCUCCUGGACCUAAAGCGGCGAUGCUUAUAGCCCCCUCCUCUCAUUCAACCCUAUCCUCACCAUUGUUGCCCUCUUCAGAAACCCUUUCUCUGCUGUCGCCUCUUAAUUGCUUUCAGAUAAGCCGCGCCGGAAAUUUGGCUCGUGGCCAUCGACGGUCGUGGAUUGUGAGGAUGGCUCCGGAAGAACAGAGGUUGACUCGCCGUUCACCUCUUGAUUUUCCUGUCGAGUGGGAAAGGCCAAAGCAUAGCAGGAGGCCUGACAUUUUCCCACAAUUCAGCCCGAUGAAAACUCCAUUACCUCCACCAAUGCCGGAAGACCCACCGCCAGACGAAGAAGAAGAAGAAGAAGAUGAAGACAACGAAGAAGAGAAAGAGAAAGAGAAAGAGGAAGAAGAAGAAGAGGAAAAGAAUGAUCCCGAGGAGGAAGGUCCUGGGGAGCCACUACAGGACAAGUCGAAUGGGCCUUAUGGGGAUUAUAAUUCUGGGCCCAAGCUGGGUAACAAGGGUGGGAAAGGAGCAUAG